AUGUCGGGUCUGCCGGAGCUGCUGCUUGCUGAGUCGUGUGUGCUGAUGUCGGGUCUGCCGGAGCUGCUGCAUGCUGAGUCGUGUGUGCUGAUGUCGGGUCUGCCGGAGCUGCUGCAUGCUGAGUCGUGUGUGCUGAUGUCGGGUCUGCCGGGGAUGAUGCAUGCUGAGUCGUGUGUGCUGAUGUCGGGUCUGCCGGAGCUGCUGCAUGCUGAGUCGUGUGUGCUGAUGUCGGGUCUGCCGGAGCUGAUGCACGCUGAGUCGUGUGUGCUGAUGUCGGGUCUGCCGGAGCUGCUGCAUGCUGAGUCGUGUGUGCUGAUGUCGGGUCUGCCGGAGCUGCUGCACGCUGGGUCGGCAGAGAUAGCCGUGCAGUGUCAGUAA